AGUGGGAAGACGGGGAGGAGGUGUUGCACUUUCAGAGGGCUUUAACUUUAGGGUUCGGGGUUAAUUGUUUAAAAUCUCCGAGGUACUGGGGUGGAUAUAUUACCCACUUUACGAAAAGAGACUAGAGUGCGCUCGGAGGCGUGUUUCUAGUGUAAGUUGGUACGCGUGUUUGAUGCUGGCUUAAGGGGACCUAAACCAUUCUUUUAAAAAAAACUUCAUGGUGCCGCCUCGCUUUCUUUGAAAGGCAUUUUCAGAGAGGUGGAACGCCUAGAUUCUAGAUUGAAUCAAACUCUGCCACCGACUUGCUGUGUGCCCUUGGGCCCCUCUCCGAGUCCCAGUGUCUUCAUCUAUAGAUGGAAGAGUAGACAAAGUCUCCUAAGUCACCUCUUAGUUCUGAAUGUUAUUCCAUGCCCGAGCCACAAAGUCCUGGGGUUAAAUAUCAUUGGUCCCUUUUUAUAAGGAGGACAUUGAGUCCCAGGUUUGACGACUUCCUCAAGAUUGCACAGAAAACUUUUAGAGAUUUCAGAUAUUGAGACUAGAUUGUGCUGUAAGUCCACGACCCCGACUCCUUUGUAUAUUUAUGUAUCAGUUCCUGAAACUGGCCUAUAGCAGUUACUGAAACAGUUUGAAUGGAUGAAUGAAACUUCUGAUAUCAAGGCCAGUGACCCAAGCAGACAGCAUGGAGGCACCUCCGGUCACCAUGAUGCCUGUUACUGGAGGCACUAUUAAUAUGAUGGAGUACCUGCUGCAGGGAAGCGUUCUAGAUCACAGUUUGGAAAGCCUUAUCCACCGCCUUCGUGGUUUGUGUGAUAACAUGGAACCUGAGACUUUCCUUGACCAUGAGAUGGUAUUCCUCCUUAAGGGCCAGCAGGCUAGUCCAUUUGUUCUCAGGGCCCGGCGUUCUAUGGACAGGGGAGGAGCACCCUGGCAUCUGCGUUACCUGGGACAGCCAGAAAUGGGAGACAAGAACCGCCAUGCCCUGGUGCGCAAUUGUGUAGACAUUGCAACAUCUGAGAACCUCACUGACUUCUUGAUGGAAAUGGGCUUCCGCAUGGACCAUGAGUUUGUCGCCAAGGGUCACUUGUUCCGUAAGGGUAUCAUGAAGAUUAUGGUGUACAAGAUCUUCCGCAUCCUGGUGCCAGGAAACACAGACAGCACCGAGGCCUUGUCACUUUCCUAUCUUGUGGAACUAAGUGUUGUUGCCCCAGCUGGUCAGGACAUGGUCUCUGAUGACAUGAGGAACUUUGCCGAGCAGCUGAAACCUCUGGUUCACCUAGAGAAAAUAGACCCCAAGAGGCUCAUGUGACUAAGACAGUCUCUCUGCCACCGGGGCCUGACCUCACCUCUUACAAAAAAGAAGAUGUUAUAAAGGCUCCAUUUCACCACUACCAGCUGGGUGCCUCCCCCAGAAAAGAGAAUGAGAACUUCGCUGGUUCUGUACAGUUUUCCUCAUGUGGCAAGUUCACUUCUGUGACAGCCUUUCCAAAUGAAAGACUUAGGAUAACAAGACUCUAUCCAGUCCUUCUGUAUAAGGAAGGGAAACUGGAAUAAAUUAGCUUUUAGAAAGGAAAAUCUUUUACUUGUUUUGCUAUUUGUGUAUAAGACUGCAAACUUGUACUGUGUGGUAAUAAAAGCUAUGAAGAGAAA